CUCGGCAUCCGAGAAGAAGAAGAAGAAGAAGAAACACACGGCUCCAGGAAUUACUGAGGUGGCGUUUUUCUGGUUUUUUUUUAUUUGUGGGCGAAGAAAAGUCAUCUCUUCCCAUUUUUUUCACCCUCCCUUUUGACGUGUUUUUUUUCCUCGCAAAGAUGAGUGUGGGCUGCUUGAUCCUGGCGUGCACCUUACUUGUGGGCGCAUCCUCGGGGAAUAAGGCAGUCCAGCCUCUCAAAGCCCCGUGCAGACCUGGCUUCUCCCAGAACUUCUACACAGUGAUUGUCUCGAGAGACGUACUGCACGGCCAGAGCAUUCUCAAAGAUACCACCCUUUCAAGUGAACGUGUGAAGUUUGAGGAUUGCCAGCGCAGCAGCAGAGAGGUCGGCUUUGUCAGCAGUGACCCCAAUUUCGGCGUGCGACCCGACGGGACGGUGUAUGCAGAGCAGGAAGUGGCCAACCUGUCAGAGCCCGUGCAAUUCAUGGUGACGGCGCGUGAGCUGCAUGACCCACACAUCUGGGAGACCACUGUUAAGCUGGCCUUGGCUGGACAUCCUCAUCCUCUACCGCUUACAAAGGUUGGCAUUGAAGAAAUGUUGUCAAGAGUCUGGGAUUCCCAGCCCAGAAUUAUCAGGUUUCCUCGAAGGCAUCAGAGAGGCUCUUCGGUUAAUGGGCUGAGGCGUCAGAAGAGAGACUGGGUCAUCCCACCGAUCAAUGUCCCCGAAAAUUCCAGAGGUCCUUUUCCUCACAUGCUCGUCAGGAUCCGCUCCGAUCAGGAUAAGGAUGUCGGUAUCCGCUACAGCAUCACAGGAGCAGGAGCUGAUCAGCCCCCGAGUGGCAUCUACAACAUAGAUCCCAUCAGCGGCAACAUGUUUGUCACCCAACCACUGGACAGAGAAGAGAGAGCCUCCUUCCAUCUGCGAGCCCACGCAGUGGACAUGAAUGGUAACCAGGUGGAGAAUCCCAUCGAUUUGUACAUCUACGUGAUCGACAUGAACGACAACAGGCCGGAGUUUCAGAACCAGGUGUAUAAUGGCUCCGUGGCUGAAGGGUCCAAACCAGGCUCGUCCGUGAUGCAGGUGACAGCCACUGACUCGGACGACUCCACCACGGCAAACGGAAUGGUCCGCUACCGCAUCCUCUCACAGACGCCCCACAGCCCCAUCCCCAACAUGUUCACCAUCAACAGUGAGACUGGACACAUCGUGACCGUGGCAGCCGGACUGGACAGAGAGAAAGUGUCCCAGUACACCAUCAUAGUCCAGGCCACAGACAUGGAGGGAAACUUAAACUUUGGCUUGUCCAACACAGCAACAGCCCUGAUCUCCAUUACUGACAUCAACGACAAUCCACCCGAGCUGACAGUCAGAACGUUUUCCGGGGAGGUGCCAGAGAACAAGGUGAAUGUGGUUGUGACCAACCUGACGGUGGUGGACAGAGAUCAGCCGCACAGCCCCAACUGGAACGCCGUCUACCGGAUCGUGAGCGGAGACCCGUCUGGACACUUCACCAUCCGCACCAACCCCAUCACCAAUGAGGGCAUGCUGACGGUGGUCAAGCCAGUGGAUUUUGAAAUGAACCGCGCCUUCAUGUUGACGGUGGUGGUGUCCAACCAGGCCCACCUGGCCAGCGGCAUCCAGUCCUCGCUCCAGUCCACAGCAGGAGUCACCAUCUCGGUCCAGGACGUGAACGAGCCUCCUGUUUUUCCGGUCAACCCCAAGAUGAUCCGCUUUGAGGAGGGUGUCCCCGCCGGGACCACUCUCACGGUGUUUGCUGCACAAGACCCUGACCACUUCAUCCACCAGAUAGUCAGGUACUCGAAGCUGUCGGAUCCAGCCAACUGGCUGAAGAUCAACAGGACCAACGGCCAGAUCACCACCAUGGCGCUGCUCGAUCGAGAGUCCAUGUACGUCAAGAACAACGUGUACGAAGCCACGUUCCUGGCAUUCGACAAUGGUAAGUCUGGUUCCCCUCAAGCCAGUGGGACAGGAACCCUCCAGAUCUACCUAAUCGAUGUGAACGACAACGCUCCGGUGCUGAUCCCCCGCGAGGCCCAAGUGUGCGAGCGCGCUCACCCCCACUCCAGGAUCAACAUCACAGCGUCGGACGCCGAUACCGAUCCCAACGUGGGGCCCUUUGUCUUCGAGCUGCCGACGUUUCCCGCCAGCGUUCGCCGCAACUGGACCAUUUCCAGGCUGAGUGGUGACUAUGCUCAGCUCAGGCUCAGGAUUCCGUACCUGGAGUCAGCUGUGUACGAGUUCCCCAUCAUUGUGUCCGACUCUGGGAACCCUCCUCUGUCCAACCGCUCUCUGAUCAGAGUCAAGGUGUGUCCCUGCGAUGAUAACGGGGACUGCAGCGCCACCGGGGCCGUGGCAGCCGCUGGUCUCGGCACCGGGGCCAUCAUCGCGAUCCUCAUCUGCAUCAUCAUACUGCUCACCAUGGUUCUGCUGUUCGUGGUGUGGAUGAAGCGCAGAGAGAAGGAGCGGCAGGCAAAGCCGCUGUUGAUCGACCCUGAGGACGACGUCAGAGACAACAUCCUCAAAUACGACGAGGAGGGAGGAGGAGAGGAGGACCAGGACUACGACCUGAGUCAGCUGCAGCAGCCCGAGUCCCUGGACCACAUUAUCAAUAAGCCGGCAGGAGUGCGCAGGGUGGACGAGAGGCCCGUGAUCACGGAGUCGCAGUAUCCUGUCAGACCCAGUCUGCCUCACCCAGGAGACAUAGGAGACUUCAUUAAUGAUGGUCUGAGGGCAGCAGACAACGAUCCCACGGCUCCUCCCUACGACUCCCUGCUGGUGUUUGACUACGAGGGCAGCGGCUCAACCGCCGGCUCCGUCAGCUCGCUCAACUCCACCAGCUCGGGGGACCAGGACUACGACUUCCUCAACGACUGGGGCCCUCGCUUCAAGAAGUUGGCCGACCUCUACGGAGGAGGGGACGAUGACUGAGAACGGAGCUGGGGGGCUGGGCGGGGCUCGGGGGUCGGGAGAGGCGGGGUCAGGUGGAAGGAUGCUCCUCGUAAAACCACGGGCAGGGGCCAAGGUGACAUGACACAGGCUCUAUUGGUAGACGUGUGCGGAAAGGACCCUGACAUGGGCUGAGUCAGUUUCCUCACAACAACCAAGCCUGAAAAAACACGAAUUCCGCUGCAACGCAACUGUAUUCUGGCUCUAUACUUUUUAGUGGCAAGUUUGUAGUGUGAUGUUUUUUUUUUGUUUCUUUUUUGUUUUCUUUUUUUUUUCCCUUUUUGUUCUCUCAGCUCGUUGGACCCGCAGCUCUCUGGGGGACAAAUCAAGGCGCUCGUGAGAGACACAAGUAGUGAAUUUGUGCUUUGAUCGAUUGUUAAAACAAAAUCAUCUCCUGCUUUAGUCUUACACUGAAGAGAAUGUUUUUUUGGGAAGAUGCUCUCUUGACUCUCUCUUGUUCACUCUGUCAACUUGAAUUUCCUUAGAACAGAAGCACUGUCGUUUUAUAAAGUGCCUUUUGUGGUGUGUUUUUGUAUCAGACUCCUGCAAUCUCAGGAUCGGUUGCCAGUUGUGCAGUACAGUGGAGGCUCGUUCUCUCUCGUCAGCCUCAGACCAGCCCUGCCUGUUACUCAACCCCUCUCCCCUCCACAGCGGAGCAGACGAACAACCCCAGCAGCCAGUCCCAGGAGGCAAGGACAAAACCAGGGCAAAAGAUUGGAUAUCAGAUAUCAUAACCCAGUGAAAUAUGGCCUAAAAGAAGCCAAUGACAGUUGUUUUUUUGGGGGGUGAAGGCAACAAUCUUCUCCAAGGACCUACUCAAUUAGACUUUCACAAAGCAUCACCUGUCGACACGACGGCCACAACUACAGCGACACGCUGACAUUGCGUGAGACCAUUUUUAUACUCAUGGGGUUUUUUCUAAUUUAGCGGAGAAUGCCUGCCUUUUCCUCUGUGGACUCGAGUUUAGGAGCCUUUAUGUUGAGAUGCUUGCCUGCCCUGUUCAGUUUUGUGUUGCUUUCGCCACAGUGUAAAGCUUACGUAGGCAUGAUCUGCUCAGUCAGACGGUGUAAGGAAGUGCAACUGGAAAUGACUUGGUACAAAGACAUUGAAUAACGUAUUUUUUUUCUCUUUUUUUUGUCGCCUUGAACAUUCCCAUUUUUUUAUAAGCCAACAAAACUAUUCAAAAGGUGCAUGACUUUUUUUUUUUUCUUCAAAAAUGUUUUACUCAAAGCACUUGUUACUAUGUGGUGAGAAUGUGAAAAUAGUCAGCGGAAACUAUAUGAAUAUACUCUGUAUAAAGACACUGAGAAAAUAAAAAAUACUGUAAGAUACCUAUUUUCGAAGUAUUGAUGACAUAAAAAUUGCUGCUCUUUUUCUCUAGCUCUUAAUUGGGCUGAGGGGAUUAUUUUGGCCUGUUCAUUAUUGACACGUGGAUGUUUUUUAUUUUUGUCCUCCAUUUAAACUUCAUUCCAUUUUUUUUAAGAUGCCUGUGUAUACAUUAUCAUUUGAGUUUUGCUUCUUUUUUUUAAGUUUAGGAACGCUUUGUUACAUUCCUUUUAUACAUACGUAUGUAAAGAAAAACACGGCCUUCCCCUCUCACUCCCUGUCGUCCCUGACUGACGUGUUGCUCUUGUUGUCCUCUGGCCUCAGGACAGUUGAAGGUUCAUUAGCCAUGCCUGCUGAUAGUUGUUCUAUUAUUCAGUGUAUUGGAAUUCUUUUACCCAUUCAUCUAGAUACUGGAUGUGUGCUUUAGAAAAUAAACAAGACAUGUUUUGAAAAUG